GCGCCCUCAGCAGGUGAACAGAUGUGUUACAGCCGAGCUCGUCCCCAUAGAGACAGGCUCCUACAACAGGGCUGUCCGGACACCGUUACUGGACCCUGCUAGUCCUCCCUCAGAGGCGAUGACAGCAAAUAUGAACCAGCCGGCUUUUGGACGUUAACAUUUUCCUCGAAAACACACUUCCGUAUGGUUGCCAAUCAGAUUUUUUAUUAUUGGAUUAACGACCAUCAGUCGCGAGCCGCAGCUUUACCCUGGGAGGCCGGAGAUUUGUGUCGCUGGGCGGGGAGGAGUCCUCUGUUAUUUCACCGUUAGCUGAAGCCAGGCCAGCAUGUCGGCGUUUUAACAGCACGUCUCAAACAUAAAGCCUCGGAGGAGACCCAAUGAGCUCUUAGAGGAUGGAUGUGGAGGCGAGUGCUGGCAGGGACAGCACCAGGAGGAGAGCAGCGGCAGCGGCAGCGGCGGCAGAUGAUGCCGGAGGAGGAGGAGGAGGAGGAGGAGGAGGCAUGGAGACUCAGGUUGUACCGCUGGAGCUGUACGACUCUGCAAGAGCCAAAAUAGACGCAAAUCUCCGCUGGCUGUUUGCCAAAGCUUAUGGCAUAGAUCACAUCCCUGCAGACCUGCGGGACCCGUUCUACACUGACCAGUAUGAGCAGGAACACAUCAAGCCCCCCAUCAUCCACCUGCUGCUAUCUGGAGAGCUCUACUGCCGGGUGUGUGGGCUCAUCCUGCACGCUGAGCAGGCAGCCUCGCUCCACAGCCACCAGUCUGUCAUCCAGGCCCUGUCCAGGAAAGGCAUCUAUGUCCUGGAGACCGACAACACACCAGUCUCCAAUCUGGAUCUCAGCUCGGCUCCCAUAAAGAUGAGCUCCCACAUCCAUCUCAUUGAUGCCCUGAUGAUGGCCUACACAGUGGAGAUGAUCAGCAUCGAGAAGGUUGUGUCCAGUGUCAAGCGUUUUUCGAACUUCAGUGCCUCCAAGGAGCUGCCUUUUGACCUGGAAGACGCGAUGGUCUUUUGGAUCAACAAGGUGAACAUGAAGAUGAGGGAGAUCUCAGAAAAAGAGAUGAAAAUGAAGCAACAUCUGCUGGAGUCACCCAGUCACCAGAAGCCUGAUAUAUUGCAUGCUCUGGCCCAUUGCUUAUUGGAGCCUGUGGAGUUCUCUCGUGUGGUGCGUUAUCGCAGAGAUCACCUGUCAGGUCGGACACUUCAACACUUCCCCCUGUUGGACGACCUGUUGAAGGAUAUUUCAGACGGCUCGGCACUGCUUGCUUUGAUCCACUUCUAUUGCCCAGAACUCAUCAGGCUGGAAGAUAUCUGUCUGAAGGAGGUCCCCUCCAUAGCAGACAGCAUGUACAACCUCCAGCUACUGAAGGAGUUCUCUAAUGAAUACCUGAACAAGUGCUUCUAUAUGAAGCCUGAGGACAUGUUGUAUUCCCCACCAGUGCUGAGGAAUAAUGUGAUGGUGUUCAUUGCUGAGCUCUUCUGGUGGUGUGAGAUUGUGAAGCCAGAUUUUGUACAGCCCAGGGACCUUCAGGAAAUCAGAGAUGUGAGAUUGCUGCUGCAGCCUAAGAGCUCUCGAAGUCAUAUACCUAUCUCCAACGUCACGAAACGUAGUUUCCUGACAUCAUCAAAUUCUGCUGACGUCUUGACCACGCCCCCAAGCCCUGACAUCAGCACUAAACCACGCUCAUCAAGUCCAUCUCACUCUCUACUGCCACUGAGACAGAGACAACAGAAGGGGAUUGAGGAUGACACUUCAGAGCUGAGAAAUCGGUCCAACUCUCUGACUCGUCCGGAUGGGCAGCAUCAGGGAUCAGUACUUGCCUGGCCAGAGAGGAGGCAGAGGCCUUUAUCACAGCCCUAUGCCCUGCAUUUCCCUCUGGAGGAUGACGCAGACAGUAUCAGCAUCGCUCGCUCCAUCAGCAAAGACAGCUUGGCUUCUAACAUUAUGAGUAUUACCCCUAAACACAUGCUGGGGUCAGGAACACUGCCUCAACACAGACUCACUGGUCAAAGCCUGCUUAGUCAUAUUCGCAUAGAGGAUGAGGAGGAGGAAAUAGAGGAGGAGGAGCUGGUUGCUGUUAUCCACCCUUCCGUGUUUCCCCGACAUCGACUUGGGAGCGACAUGGAGCAGGAUGAGCUCGAAAUCCAGAGUUCAACCUCCACCCCAAGGGUUUCUAAUAGUCGUUGCUCUCCUUGCCUUGAUACGAGUCCCUUUGCUCCAGACCACCAGGCAGACAGCUACUAUCUGGAGCCUUUGAUGCCUGCCGUCCCUAAGCCAGCAAAAGAGAAGAGCAUCAGCCUGAACAAGGAGGAGGAGAGUGGUGAGAGUCGCUCUAGAGCAGCGCUAGCUUACAGGAAAACAACCGCCAGUGUCCCAAGCACCUCACAGAGGAAAGCCCUAGCGUCUGAGUCAAACAGAGGCGCUUUUACACCCGUACCUGUGGUAGAAUCAGUCACAAGCUCUCUCAGGCCACCCACGGAAGGGUCGACGGGCACCUCUCAGACUGGGAAGAAACAGCCCCAAGGCUUUUUCCUUCAUUUGUCAGGAGAGCCAGACCGCCACAGUCCUUUCUCCUCUGGGAUGGACGUAGGGCUCGACUCUGACUCAGACAUUGCAGACCUUGAGGAAGAUGAUGAGGAUGAUGAUCAGAUGGAGCUGGCUAAAGAGGUGGUGAAGAGAGGAAAGGGAAAGUUCUUAGAAGAGGGUGAGGUGUGUGAAUUUGUAGAGGGAGAGGGUGAGUCAGCCAAGCUUAGAGAAGACUCAAAGGUGAGUGAGCGGGAUGAUAAGGAAGACGGCAGCGGGCGGUCUAGCCCUUGCCUCAGUACAGCAUCCUGGGCGAGCAGCUGCAGUGCUUCAGGUAGCGCCAGUGUCAAAAUGACCAGCUUUGCAGAGAGGAAGCUCCUUAAACUUGCCCUCCGCGAUGGAUUCUCAAGUACCAGCAGCUCCCAGAAGACCACACCAGAUGGCUCGGAGAUCAACCCCUGCCCUCCCUGGCAGCUGAGGAGUGAGGGCAGCUCCGGCUGGCUAGGGAAGGAGCCUGCUUCAGUGUUGGGGAAGAAUAUGAUGGUGAGUCCAUCAGUAGUGCCUUCAGAGCUGCUGCAACUGCACAUGCAGCUAGAAGAGCAAAGACGUGCUAUAGAGUAUCAGAAGAAGAAGAUGGAGACCCUAUCUGCACGGCAGCGACUAAAGCUGGGAAAAGCUGCGUUCUUAAACAUUGUGAAGAAGGGUGGAGGGAAGAGUGACACACUUCCCCUGCCCCUGAAACACUCCCCCUCCUCAGAACUAGAAGAUGCUGACAGGAGUAAAUUGAAAACCCAGUCCUGCAAGGAUGACUCCUGUCUUGAGGCUCUGAAAGUCCAGGCUAAGGCAGGUCAAACAGAAGGAAGACAGAUAAACAGAGACAACAGGUUGAACACCUUGUCCCAGGAUAAUGUGGCUGAACCUGACAUGAAUGAUUGUUCCCGCUCCAUAGAUCUCCUCAACGAAGCUAUUAGUUCUAUUCAGCAGCAGAUGAUGCAACUCUCCUUACAGCAAGACCGGCUGAUGAAGCAGAGCGUGGCCUCUCCGCCAGAACCCGUACAAUCAGACCCUAGCACAACUCUCAACACAAUACAAACAUCACCCUCUACCUCAGAAUCCAAAUCGUAUGCAGUUCACUUUGUCGAUAUCAGUGGCAGCAAUUCUGCUCCCGCUCGCCGUCCUCCCAAGCUUAGCUCCAGCCAACGCAACAAAGCCUCAGAGCGAAAGCAGAUAAACGAGAACAGCAAGACGGCUUCGAUCAAGUCCGACAGUCAAUGCACGCCUUCUCCUAGAGAAAAUACUGGUGGAGGGCAGGAGACAGGGUUAACUGUUGAGAGCUCCAGGUUAGAGAGAAACAGUGUGAGAAAUACCACCUUCAGAGUCCAUGAGGACCCCAACCAACGCAGCACCGGAGAGGGAACUACACGGUUCUCAGACAAACCCCAAUCACAGGACCCGCCAGUCAUCUCCAAUACGCCCAAACCUCUGUCACAGGCUGCAGAGCCAGAAGAGAACUACGUUGGCAACUCAGGGACAGAGGCCAUGGGUGGAGAUGAGACUACCAGGGUCAAGGGUCAACUGAUUGAGGUCGACUUGUCAGAGCUUAAGGAUCCAGUGGAGGAUGGCAGCACAGAUGUUACAGACUGCGCAGCAGAUAGCGAGCAGAGGAAUGUACUAGGCUUCUUCUUUAAGGAUGAUGGGAAGGCAGAAGAUGAAAUGGCAAAGCGUCGUGCUGCCUUCCUCCUCAAACAGCAGCGCAAAGCUGAAGAGGCGAGAGUUCGCAAACAACAGCAAGAAGUAGAGAGCGAGCUUAAACGUGAUGAGGCCAGGCGUAAGGCAGAAGAGGAUCGUGUUCGUAAAGAAGAGGAGAAAGCGCGGCGAGAGCUAAUAAAGCAGGAAUACUUGCAGAGGAAGCAGCAAGCGCUGAUGGAGGAGCAGGGUCUGGUCAAGCCUCGCCCACGGACUAAAUCCCGCAGGAGCAGGCCCAAGUCACUGCACCGCGAAGAGUCCAACAGCCUCUCCAAAGGAUCCACCACACGUCAUUCUCUGAAGGUGUCCAUAUUGAUCAAAGCCCAGGGCUCAGCAGCAGGCUGCAGGGGAGCUGAUCUGAGCUGCAGUCAUCGAGGAUCCACAUUGUCGUUGGCUACUGAGGCAGAUAGUGUCAUCUCUGGCGGGGCAGAGUCACAGAGGGCUGGAUCCGUGUGCUCUGUGGAGUCAUUCCCUUUGCUGAGCAGAGCAUCAAGCAGGAACAUGGAGAGGGACUGGGAGAGCGGCUCCAUAGCCUCUUCCAUCACUUCAGCAGAGUACAAUGGUCCGAAACUUUUUAAGGAGCCAAGCUCCAAGUCCAACAAGCCAAUCAUCAUCAAUGCCAUCGCACACUGCUGCCUGGCUGGAAAGGUCAAUGAGGGCCAGAAGAAUUUUAUUCUGGAGGAGUUGGAAAAGUGCGAGUCCAAUCACCUGAUCAUCCUUUUCCGUGACGGCGGGUGCCAGUUCCGCGCCAUUUACAGUUACUCGCCAGACACUGAGGAGAUCGUCAAAUUCACGGGCACAGGGCCGCGCUCUAUCAGCCGGAAGAUGAUCGACAAGCUCUACAAAUACAGCUCGGACCGCAAACAGUUCACCGUCAUCCCUGCCAAGACCGUGUCAGUCAGCGUGGACGCCCUGACCAUCCACAAUCACCUCUGGCAGGUCAAGAGACCAGGGAGCUCACGGAGGAAGUGAGAAAGGAGAGAAGGAAAAAGAGAGAUGGACACUUGUGACAGUUUCUGUUCUAUCUAGUACUGUUGGGCAGGACCCAAUAAUCAUGGAGAUGACUGACACAUGAUCAUGUGACUGACGUGUUAUUAGACAGUGGCGUUAGCCAGCUAGUGCAAGUGGGAGGGCUACGACAUGUUCUCAUAAAUGGAGAUGUCAGUCUGGAGCAGUGCGAGAAUACAAAACACCUGCCAACUGAAUGCACUGCAAUGGUUUUUUUUUCUUUUUGUUUUGUUACCAUUUUAUUUUGCAUGUCACACUUUUGUGUUAUAAUUUGUAGGUACGUCCUACGUUAAAUUGGCACUAUUGAUGAUGGACUGAUUGUUGUAUAGCACUGAAGAGGAAAUGGACCCUCAAGUUGAAUACUACUGAAUCUUCAUACGGUGUAUGUAGUUACAGCAACUACAGACAGACUGUGGUGAACGUUCACUCGAUUUUGACUGAAAAAGUUUGCUAUAACAGCUUGGCAAAAAAAUACCCUACUGCUGUGAUAAAUCCAGGCUCCACAUACAGAGCCCUUAUUUAUUCACCAUUUACUACUCCUGGUCAGUGCUUUCAUGAAGAGGGAGCUUUGAACAAACGUUUUGGUUUUUUUUUUAAAUCUAAGUAUGGAAUGGAUGUUAGUAUGUGGUCAAGUCUUGUUUUUCUAUUUAGUGUGUUUGGGGAAGUGUGUGAGUAUUUGUGUUAGGGGAGAGCUGUUUGCACCACUUGUGCACUCAGCUCUGAAUGUGUUUACUCUCUUGAUUAUGCUUUAAAACUUCUGUAAUGUAACAGAAAAAUGGAACAAAGCAACAAAACAUUUUCUUUCUUUUUCUUUUCUUUUCUUUUUUUUUUUUUAGUUUUGGAGCUGUGUGCUGCUGUUCUGGUGGAAGAAAAGUCUUAAUAAUGUUGUUUUUACAGUAGGAGAAAUUGUACUAGUAUUUAUUCCAGACAGGAGGCGCUUUUGAGACUCAGUGCAUUAUACCUUAUCAGUAGUGCAUUAUAUUGUAUUAACUUUAUACUUAUACUCCACCACCCAGACGAGCCAUCUGAGAUCCCUGACUGGCUCGUAUUGCUGAACCAAAAUGGACUGAGCUAUGCCACUGAGCUGUUUGCUACUCAUUAUCUGCUCACUGGCCCCUGGUGAGACAUACGAUUUUAAUGUAGCUUCUGGCGCUCAACACGCUGCCUGGCAGCACUAGUAAUUUUCCCUGUAAUGACUGACUGUCAGCGGCUGGUUUAAUGCGGUGGGGAAACUGCACAAUACUUGAUAUUUGUUUGCUGCAUUUUGUACAUUUUUUGAGUAGUAUUUUUUGUACGUUAUGUACAAGUUAUGUUUACUAAAAAGCAGGCACUAUUUUGAGGUUUAUUCUGUUACAGGCUUUCAGAGAUGUUAUGAGUCUUGUUUCAUUGUGUUCUAUUGUAUGUUAAUUUAUUUUGAAGAUAUAUAAUAAAAUGCAACUAGGUACGUUU